AUGGCCAGGAAUACCGACAGCAUGGAAGUCAUAGAGCGGGAUAGGCUGCCGACUCUAUUCGAAGUCCUGAGCAGGAGGACCAGGCCGCCGGUUGAUCUGUUCUCUUUCUAUAUCUAUAUGAGAGACCAACAGCGUUCUGUUGACUAUUUGGAUUUUUGGCUCGAUGUCUCCCAGCACAUGUCGCUGUGCAGACACUACGUACGAGAGCUUCGUAGAUCGGUGCUCGUGUCCACGCCUGAUCUGAAUAAGUCCGGAAGCAAGCGAUCCUCUUCGGUUAUCGACCACCUUGGUACUGGCGACGACGAAAGUGAAAAGAACGACGACCAACGCCUUUCCGCCUUUCUUCGUAAUGACAACACGACGCAUGCGGUUACCAUCCCUGGUUAUAAUCCCCAAAACGGUGGCUCGCGACCUAGUGGGGGCGACUUGAACCCCGCUCGACCUUCUUACUUCUCGACUCCCGAACACACUUCUUCCGGAUCUCCACAGCACACUGUCGCUAGGGCCGACAUUAGGGCUUCUGCUGAAAAGAUCCUAUAUACGUACCUCCUACGCGGAGCAGAGCGGGAAAUAGUACUUCCCGAACAGAUCCUCGCUUCCAUUUCCCACGCAAUCGAAGUAGACGGUCGAGAUGAUCCUGAGGUUUUCGACGAAGCGAAGGAUUAUGUAUUCCAAGCCAUGGAACGAGAUGCUUUCCCAGGAUUCCUUAGAUCGAAGGCAUUUGGAAACAUUGUACCUCCUUCCUCGUUGGCUAGGUUGAUUGUUGGGUUGUUGGCCUUGUUCGGAGCCUUCUGGGCUGGAUUUUGCUUAAUCUUCCUCGAUAUUAAACCGAAAACAACAAGACUUUGGCUUAUUCUCCCAUUUACAGUUGGUGUUUACUGCCUCGCUGCGCAUCAAUAUAAUCUAGAUCCCAUCCUUGCGUUCACCAGCUACAGCGAAUACACAUUCAUGACCUUUAUGAAAGUGCAAGAACCCUACGUCAGGCGCAUAAUGAUCACUCGAGCAAUGUGGGUUCUCGCCAUUAUUCUUGCCCUAGAUGCUGCCUUGGUUGUUAUGUACGCCUUGGUACCGGGGAGGAGAUUGUGA